UUACUAUAUCACAGGUUAGAAAGUGGAGCAUGAGUGUGAGUCUCUGCACGUCAAAUAAAAAGAAAAAAUAACCUCUCACUCCGGUGGGCAAAAAAAGGAAAGAGAGAAAAAGUUUUUUGAGCAAAAAAGGAAGGUUUUUACUCCUCUGAACAACUGGAGUUGAAAAUUCACAUUAUGCCUGUGCGCUUAGAGUCAUAGGUGAGAAAAACAGUCCAGUUUCUGCUUUGUUUUUAUUUAUUUUUACCUUGUAAAUGUUUUGAUUUAAUUGGACGCCUGCGCAAAACUUAUGACAUUUGGCACAGUGCGGGAGCGAGGCUGCAAAUGGGCGGUAUAGGUGGCAACCUCUACCUCAGCAUGUUGAAUGGGACUGAAACGCAAACUUUCGGAAAGAGCACCGACAUCAGCAGUCACCUCCACCGCGGCGGCAAGGAUCUGGCCGACUUUAAGAUGGGGAUUCAAGACGCCAGGUUUUACUAUCCGGACUCGGUUCCAAGCGGCCAGGACGCGCUGUCUCUGCCCUACCACUCAGAACAGGCGAUGGGAGCGUACGGACCACAGCCCGGCAGGUUUUACGCGCAGACGCUCGGCAGCUGUCCCUACAGCGGCGUGCGCUCUCCGCCGAGGAGCGGAGCCGCGCAGGGUUUCAUUUCGACCGCAGGAGACGGGUUUCCUGCGGGAGGGAAAGACGGGUACGCAUCUACCCCGGACAACUACCCGACGAGCUUUCAGCACGGCUACCAGCGAUCGCCUCUCUACCCUUUACCUGGGCUACAGGUGUGCGGCAAAACGCAGGCGCUGCUCAAUAACUAUCCGCUGUGGGCCAAGUUCCACAAGUUCCAAACCGAGAUGAUAAUUACCAAACAGGGCAGAAGAAUGUUCCCCUUCCUGAGCUUCAAUAUCAGUGUUCUGGACCCCUCUGCCCACUACAACGUCUAUGUGGACGUGGUUUUGGCAGAUCAGCAUCACUGGAGGUACCAGGGCGGCAAGUGGGUCCAAUGUGGGAAAGCAGAGGGCAACAUGCCAGGGAACAGAAUGUACAUGCACCCCGACUCUCCAAACACUGGAGCUCACUGGAUGAGACAGGAAGUGUCUUUCAGCAAGCUCAAGCUCACCAACAACAAGGGCAGCACCAACAACACAGCUCAGAUGAUCGUCCUCCAGUCUCUUCAUAAGUACCAGCCUCGUCUUCACAUCGUGGAGGUGAAGGAGGACGGCUCUGAGGAUCCCUUCCUGUCAUCCAAAGCACAGACCUUCGUUUUCCCUGAGACUCAAUUCAUCGCUGUCACUGCUUAUCAGAAUGCAGACAUCACUCAGCUGAAAAUAGACCAUAACCCCUUCGCUAAAGGUUUCCGAGACAAUUACGACACGCUUUAUGCUCCUCCUGACUCUGAGCGCCUCACCCCCUCCCCCAUAGAGAGCCAGCAGCUGCUGCCAGGGGGCUGCUACCCCCAAGGUUACCUCUCUGAACAGUACAUGAGCCCGCUUCCUCAGAGCCGCUUCUACAGCCGGGACCCCAUGGGCAUGAGCCAGCAGCACAAAGACGCGCCCGCCAGCCCCGGACCCCACAGCCGGUGGUACCUGACACCACAGCAGACUGUGGCCCCAAACCGGCUUGACUUCGCUUCCCCUUAUGAGGGGGACUUCACGGGAAAUGGUUUCUACAAGCCUUUCCCCCUGCAGACAUCUGCACACCAUGCCCUCAGCUACUACCCAGACCACCAUUUUGCUUCCUCCAGUGUGUCUGUUUCAGGAGCCACCUCUACAGGCUGGACCACCAGCAGACCCACUCCACAGUACCUCAGUCACCCCAACAAACCCGGUCCCAGUCUGGGUUGGUAUAGACCCAUAUCAUCUUCGUCCUCCUCGUCAUCAUCUUCUACUUCACCUGGACAUCCUAGGCUGCAUCCUCCACCCCUCCUUGAGUCCCUGCAGCCUCCCCUUCCACAGGAUAAGGCCAAAGACAGUGUGGGGGUGGAGGACCCCUGGCUCGAACCACCUUCUGUGAAAUCCGCAGACUCAGUUGACUCAGGGCUGUUUGAGGGCGGUGUGGGGGACAGCAAGAAGAGGAGGGUGUCACCCUACACGUCCAGCACUGAAAACUCCCCACCUCCGCGCAGCGCAGAAGUCUGCGACAAAGACAGCAACAGCGAUGCAGACUACUAUAGCUAUUACACCCACUGAAGACCUCCCACGUCCAUGCAGUCACUCCUGAAACCCCCUUACUGACCUCAAAGACACACAUGAGUAACAUCACCACACAGAUCCUCAUCUGAGGCCCCAGCUCCCGAGACUCUCAAAAGUCUCAGAUGAUGGCAGAAGGAACUUUCAAGGAAUCUGUCAAAGUGAAUAGAAGCGGAUGUGACCGCGACACUGCCCUGCAGUCACGCAGUAACACCAAGCAGACAAACAGAGGUGUGACUUAAGUCUUUGAAACAUCUGGAGAUUUGAAAAAAAAAAAAAAAACGAACAAAAAAGAAGAGAUCUGCAUAUCUGCCCUCUGACAGAUGCCUGCGGGGAUUGUCUGUUCUUUCUGCAUCAAACACUCUCUGCCUCUUUUGCCAUGUCUUGUCUGUGUCUUCCUUUAACCCCCAACCAUUCGCACAUCUCUUCACAAUAUGUUCACGUUCAUCUCCCCUGUUAAUACUUGGCAAAAAAACACUUCCCACUCUCCAAUUAGACCCAGUGCAAAUGGAGUAGCUCCCACUAGUGGUCAGUGAAGAGCACUGUAGGCGGAUGGCUCAGAGGUCAAAGUGUUUGAGGAUGUUCAGGGGAGGUAAGACUGUUUAGCAUGUUCUGAGGUAAUGUUUAUCAUUUUGGCCUUUUGUAUAUAUGUAUAUCUUUGUCUGUGUAAGAAAAUAAAGAUCUACAGCAGGUAGACACAACAAAUCCAACAACUUUUAUAGGAGCAACUAAGACACAAAGGACCAGUUACUAAUGAGCAACAAUAAAAUAAAACCUCACACUGAAGUAUGAAUCUGCAGUUUAAAAUAAUCUGCUGCCUUUUUCUUCCAAACCAAAUGUAUCAAAAGUUACUAGUUGCAAUCGUUUCACUUUUUGUCAAAAACAAUUUGUUCUCUGUUCUUAAACCUUGUGGGGGAAAUAUUAUUUUCUUAAUUGAUUUGAUCAAUUUAAAAAUAUAAUAAUAUGAUAAUAUGAUGAUGCAAUUGAUCAUAAUGUUAUUUAUACAAGAUGUGUGCACCUUUAAAACGAAGUGAAGAUGUAGUAUUUGUUAUAACUUGGGUUCUGACAUAGGAUGUGUACGUCUGUGAUUGUCCUGCCAUUGUACUUUGACUCCCGGUUAUUCGCCUUCCUGCUAUUGAUUCAAUUUGCUCCCAUUCUUCUGGUGGUGUUUCAUUCGGUCCUGUGCAUUUCAUUUUGGAUUUCUCGAUUGCAGAGUCCAUUGAAAGUUUUUGAUUGAUAACUGAAUAACCCCAAAAAUGUUGAAAAUACACGUUCUGAAAACUUUCCAUGGCCAUGAUACUAUUGAGAUCGUUUUUGUACAGUUUCUCUGGAAUUGAAAUUACAAAAGAGUUCUGUCUCCUG